AUGGAAUACUUGCAAUAUGCCCCACUGCUUGUUGUUGACUUUUGUCUGACAAAUGGGGUAAAGAGGAUGAUCAAGUUGGUUGCUGAACUUCCUGUUGCAAAGAGGAUGAUCAAGAGCAAAGGUAAAGAAGUCCAUGACUUCAAGUUGAGCAAAGCAGCCCUGCUAUUAUAUACUUUUCAACCAAAGUAUUUGACACAGAUCGAUUUUAAUAGUUCAUCAAUGAAUAUUACUAGGUACUUUUAUAUGAUGUUGGCAGAUAUUGUGGCUCGCUGCCUUUUCCAAGUCUGGCGAGAGACUGUUCUGCUGCCAAAGAGUAAAUUAUAUUAUUUUCUCUCCUUCCUCCCGCUCAAUAUUUCGCUCGUUUAUUCUCUUUCCUCCCGAAACUCUCCAUUUCUAGUUUCUUUUCUUUCUUUCUCUGGAAAACAUUUUCUUUUCUUCGACCCACUUCUCUCCGUCUUCUUUCUUCUCCAACCCACAAGGCCUCUCCAUCUUCUGGAUUCUCCAACCCGCAAGGCCUCUGUCUCGCUCUCCAUCGGUCAUCUUCCUUCUCUCAAACUAAAAGCUGAGAAAGAAAGGGAGAGGAAGCGGAAGUCGAUGGAAGACAAAGAUGGUGAGAUCAAGAUUGCCUUAGCUCAGAUGACUGGAGAUAGAGCGACGAGCAUGGAAGAGCAGAGGCAAGGUGUGUUAAAGGCAGACCGUGAAAGAGCAGCAACAUUUGAACUAAAGAAAAAGAAGUUCAAGGCAAAGAUGAUGCUGCUAGAUCUAAGUAACUUGAAUGCCAUGCAGCAAGAAUAUUUUGGUGCCAUUCAACUGCAAAUUUUUGAGGAAUGGAGGUCUCAUUCAGGAGGUACAUCUACAUCUCCUUCAACACCUUAUGGCAGUGUUUAACUUCUAAUGUAUGUUUUGGAUUUUUUUGAAAUUUCAGUGGCAGCCCAGCCACAUGUGGGAUGGAAGAACAUGUGGUUGGGUAGCAACUAAAUGUUUGGACUUUUGUAUAAUUCUCAGCAUAUUAUAUUGUACUAGAAAAUGAAUUGUAAGAGUACUUUAUGAACUAUUUUGGGGUAAUUACUGGAUUGUGAAGGCUAUUUUUGAACAUCA